AUGGUGUCUAUCACCGUCAUCUGCGCCACCGUAGUGGUGCCUGCCUCCACCAUCUUCGCCAUAGCUGCGGAGAGCGCCUCCAUUCCCGACGGCUCCCUGCUCGUGUGCCUGUCCCUCGAGGAGCCCGCAAACAAGGGACGCCGUGUCGUGCCACCGUACCACUCGUACGUGCCGUCCGGUGGGAUCGUCAUGGAGGCGGACUACAUGGCACUCGAGAGGCUUGGGGUGGACAUGCGCGGCACCGUGGCAAGAUGGUCGCACACGCAGCAAAGAAGGGAGCAGCCACCGUACGUGCUCAUCACCGGCAACGCGGACGGCAGCGUCAAGACUCAAGAGGGGAGUCAUUCCGCUCACCCCCGGCUGGACCUGCACAGACGACGAGCUCACCACCAGCUCCGCUUCACACUCGUAUAUAGAGAUAAAGCCAACGGAGAAGAACGUACUAUACGAACCAGACGACUAGGUAUAAAAAGGUCCUGUCUUUCCCGCCAUGUCGACACACCUCCGAUCCAACCGCGUCCCCCGCCACCGAUUCCUCCGUCGCCGCUGAUCAACUCUAGGCUGCUGCCUCAAAGCCUCCAGCCGGCGCCGUCGCCUUGUUGCGCGCGCCCAGCCGGCUGCUUUAUUGUUUACUACUCGCCAUUGGCAUCGUUGAUUCUUAACUCCCGAGUGCCUUGCUUGCUUGCCUGGAAGGUUGCGGACCUCGCAGCGGCGCCGGCGAUGGCGCGCCAGCGGCGGCCGGUCGGCGGUGCCCGCGUGGCGGUCCUGUUCGUGGUGGUCGCGCUGCUCGCCGCCGCGCUGCCUGGGCUCGUGGCGCAGGACCUGGCGGGGGACCGCUUGGCGCUGCUAGCGCUGCGGGACGCGCUGGACAGAGGUCGCCUCCUCCCGUGGAACACCGCGGAUCCAACGCCGUGCAAAUGGCGCGGCGUCUUGUGCAGCAACCAGACCGGCCAGGGCGUGCCGCAGCGCGUCGUCGAGCUGCGGCUGCCCGGGAAGCGGCUGAUCGGGACGAUACCGCUAGGCACGGUGGGGAACCUCACCGCGCUGCAGGCGCUGUCGCUCCGGCACAACGGUAUCACGGGGGGUAUCCCGGCCGAUAUCGGCAACUGCGACCAGCUGACCGUGGUGAACCUCACGAGGAACCAGUUCGCCGGCGCCGUGCCGGAGGGCUUCUUCUCGCUCGCGGUGCUCAGGAACGUUGACCUCUCGCGGAACCGCCUCGCCGGCGGCGUGUCGCAGGAGUUCAACAGGCUCAAGCAGCUGGACACGCUGUUCCUCGACAACAACGACUUCGCCGGCGCGCUUCCGCCGGGCUUUUACCUUCCCAGCCUCUCGCGCUUCAACGUGUCGUUCAACGCGCAGCUCACUGGCCCCGUGCCGGCGUCGCUCGCCGGGAUGCCCGCGAGCGCGUUCCAAGGCACGGCGCUCUGCGGCGGCCCUCUCCUCGCGUGCCCCAACUCUCCUGGUGGCGAAAAGAAGAAGCGCCUGUCCCGUUGGGCAAUCGUCGGCAUCAUCGCCGGCGCCGCGCUCGUUCUCUUGCUCAUCGUGGGGCUCGUCGCCUGCCUCCGCCGACGCCAGGUGGCGUCGGCGGCGUCGGCGGGGAGGCCCACGGAGACUGCGGCGGCAGCCAACGUGCGCGAGACUACCACGCCUAUAACGGUGACUCUGGCGAGGACGGACAGGGACGCCGUGAAGCAGUCCCACGCGCCGCCGCUCGCGCCGGUGAUGAUCAGCGAGGGCAAGAAGCUGGUGUUCCUGGGGAGCGCGCCCGACAGGCCAUACGACCUGGAGACGCUUCUGCGGGCGUCGGCCGAGGUGCUCGGCAAGGGCCAGCACGGCACCACGUACCGCGCCACGCUCGACGGCGGCGAGCCCGUCCUCGCCGUCAAGCGCCUCCGCGAGGUGCACCUCUCCGAGAACGAGUUCCGCCACAGGGCCACCGCGCUUGGUGCUCUCCAUCACGGCAACUUGACCCGCCUGCGCGCCUACUUCUACAGCAAGGAGGAGAAGCUCCUCGUCUACGACUUCGUCGGCGCCGGCAGCCUCUCUGCCCUCCUCCACGACGGAAGCUUGGAGGGCCGUGCGCGGCUGGACUUCACGGCGCGCGCGCGCAUCGCGCUGGCGGCGGCGCGCGGCGUGGCGUUCAUCCACCAGGGCGGGGCCAAGUCGUCGCACGGCAACCUCAAGUCAUCCAACAUCGUCGUCACCGCCACGCGCGACGGCGCCUACGUCUCCGACUACGGCAUCGCGCAGGUCACGGGUGCCGCGGCGCCGCCGCCGAGGCGGGGCGCCGGGUACCACGCCCCGGAGGUGACCGACGCCCGGAGCGUGCCGCAGAGCGCCGACGUGUACAGUUUCGGCGUCGUGGUGCUGGAGCUGCUCAGCGGGCGCGCGCCCCAGCACGCGCUGCCGGAAGGCGCCGACGGCGUGGACCUGCCGCGGUGGGUGCGGUCCGUGGUGCAGGAGGAGUGGACGUCCGAGGUGUUCGACGCCGCCAUCGCCAACGAGCCGCGCGUCGAGGGGGAGAUGAUGCGGCUGCUGCAGCUCGGCAUUGAGUGCACCGAGCAGCGCCCCGACCGGCGACCAACCAUGGCCGAGGUGGAGGCGAGGAUCGAGCGCAUCGUCGAGGACACCUGCCGGAAAGACGAUUUCAGCAGCACGGACGGCAGCCGGAGCGUUUCGGCGUGA